GCAACAAAUCUAACGACUACCCUCACAAUCACUUUCCCAUCGAGCAAGAUGUUUAAGAUAUUCGUUCUGGCAACCCUCCUGACGGCAUCCAAUGCCUACCUGAAUCAUGGACCCUCGCCAUUGAACCACCCCAAUUAUGGACCAUACCACGGAGGUUACUCAGUUGCUGAACCCGGAUCAGCUUAUCAGCCCAACUAUUUGUCACAAUACAGACCUCAUGGACCAAUUCCAGCUUACCCAAGACAUCCAGUUCCAGUUCAGAUUUCAGCGCCAGUUCAAGUUCCAGCACCAGUUCCAAUUCCAGCUCCAGUUGGCGGAUAUCAAAAAUUGGGACACGUUGGAUACGGUUAUGCACCAGUUCGACAUCUGCCAGUUGUACCUGCGCCAGUUCAACAUUCGGUCCCAAUUGGUCUACCUCAGGCCCAGGUGCAUCCAAAUGCCUACGCCCAUUCAGGCUAUUCAGGUGCCCAAGCCAACUACGGAUCAUCUUACGUCGUAGCACCAAGUGUCACUUUUUCUCAAAAUACUCCAAAACAGAUUGCUCCCGUUCAAGUUUCCAAUGCCGUCAGAAUUCCGUACGCAUAUCCAGCUAUUAACAAACCCCAGCUUGUUCCUCAUCCUGCUGAAGUGAAUCACGGCUGGUAGUGGAAGAAUCUAGAAAUUUGUGAAUCGCCUAAGCAGAUUUUUCAGUUUCGCGAACCGGGGUUAAGGGGACAAGAAAUGGAGAGCUGGACAUACAAAAUUUUGAGUUUUGGUUUCUUUGAAUGAAAAAAGGUGCUCCACUUUACCCCACAUGUCCCGAUUUGCCCCGUUUUAUGAGAAAUAAUCUUAUAUACAGUAAAAUCCAUAUUUAGCCCAGUGAUCUGUAAUUACCCCGAUUAGUGGUAGUUUUUCCAUCUCUCGUUGGUUCUAUUUCUAUAUAUAUAUAUUAAAUAAUUAAAAACUAUAUUAUAUUCAAUAA